UUCACUUUCUGGGAUGUUUUCUAGGCAGCCUAAGAAUGGGUUUAUACUUGAAUCUUGUUGAUUUCCACAUGUUUAAUUCCACUGGAUUUAUCUUAAUUCAUUUCGUGUUUUCAAGAAUUCAGGCCUCGUGAAGCCUUAAUCCCUUACGUUUUACAGUUCUUGGCCAUGGCGUCCGGGGAUUCCCCUCGAGCCCGAAUCGACCAGUUCUUUGCUUCGAAGAAGAAGAGGAAGGCUAUAUCACCAAGUGUGAAGUCCAAGAAAGUUGGAAAAGAUGCAAAGAUUGCAGUUGAAGGAUCUCCUGGUACCAAAGGCUCUUUGGAUAAUUUUUUAGUAGGUUCAGAGGAGAACAAAAAUAGCCCUAAUCGGGCAGCUAGCGAAUCACCAGUUAAGCGAGUUCCAAUUAAGAGAAAUUUAACGUUGGAGAUUAGUUUAUCUUCUGAAGAUGAAAAGAAAGAUGCUCUUUUGCCGAUGGAAGUCCGUUCUCAAGGUCUUGAUUUAUUUGGAGAUGCUCAGAGGGUAAAUUCUGAAACUUCGAAUGAUUUUGGUGGUUCUGUAGCUGGAGCAAGUAAGGAAGUUCCAGAAAAUGCACCAGCUGGAGAAGCUGAAAACCCGGAAUUAAAGCGGUUUGCAACGAAUUUUUUGUCCUUGUAUUGCAGUGCAAGUGUACCAUCAGAAACAAAUGUACACGCAAUUAAAAGGCAUGGUAGUCCAUCUGCACUUGAUUCAGAGGAUAGAUCAUAUAAGAGAAGGCAUUGCAAUAUUAAUAUGAGUCAGUUGCAUGUUGAAGGUGAAGGUACUUGUUCUGGAGAUGUACAUAGCAAGCCCCUGCAGAGUGCAAUUAUUGAUGAAUCUGGAAAUGCUGUUUCCAAAUGCUCCACAAAGAUAGAAUUGGGUGAUAAUGAAACAGUACCUGGAACAAGCUUGAAGAGAUGUGUAAAUGCCUCUUUGACCAUUGAUGCAGCUGGAUGUAUUACACCUGGUUCACUCAAUGGUAAACUUGGACGUCCUGAAACGCCCAAGUCAGGACGCGGAAGCUCCAUAUUUUCACCUGGAGAAACUUUCUGGAAGGAAGCAAUUCAAGUUGCUGAUGGUUUGCUUAUUCCUAAAGAUAAUUUGCAUUCCCAAUUUGCUUUAGAAUCUCAACAUUUGAAGCCUGAUAAAGAGACAAGUAUGGCAAAUAAUUUACCAGGUGGAGGUUGUGGCAAUAAGUUGAAUAACUUGCUGGAUGCAGGUGUUGCCAGAGAUUCUAAUGGUGGAAUUAAUUCUGUUGUUGGACCACUAUUGAAGCACAGCAAAGAUUUGGUUAAAGAAGUUUCUCCACUUCCUGUAAAGCAUUUUGAUUUUUCUAAGAUUGAGGACAACAACAUGGAUGAGGAAACCCCGUCUUAUGUUAAUUUAAGCUCACAACAUAUUAUUAAAGGAAAAACACCUGGUUGUGCGUCCCAAAAUCAAGAAAAUAAACAAAUUUGUCACAAUUUGAGCCCUCAGCAUAAUGCUGCUCAUACAGAAUGUGAUUUGCUUGGAGUACAAGAUAUGAUAUCCAAAUAUGAUGCCACUGAAAAUAAGUUGAAUAUUUGGGCGCAAGAUCACAGUGACAUGUUUACCACAAAGGAUAGGAGAUUGAAUGAUUUAACUCCUAAAGGUGGCUUCAAUCAAGAUGAUAGUCCUUCAAGCUUUUUACCACUUGAGGAUCGUUUGGACCUCAACAACUGGCUGCCUUCUGAAUUAUGCAGCAUAUAUAAGAAAAGAGGAAUGUCAAAAUUGUAUCCAUGGCAGGUUGACUGCCUUCAGGUGGAUGGUGUUUUGCAGAACAGGAAUCUUGUAUACUCUGCAUCUACAAGUGCUGGCAAAAGUUUUGUUGCUGAGAUACUGAUGCUACGACGAAUCCUGUCAACCGGAAAAAUGGCACUUCUUGUUCUGCCAUAUGUGUCUAUAUGUGCAGAAAAGGCCGAACAUCUUGAGGUGCUUUUGGAGCCACUUGGUAAGCAAGUACGUAGUUACUAUGGUAAUCAAGGUGGUGCAACUCUUCCUAAGGAUACCUCUGUGGCAGUAUGCACAAUUGAGAAAGCAAACUCCUUAAUUAACAGACUGUUAGAAGAGGGUCGUCUUUCAGAACUUGGUAUCAUUGUGAUAGAUGAACUACACAUGGUUGGUGACCAGCAUAGGGGUUAUCUAUUGGAACUUUUGCUUACCAAACUUCGCUAUGCAGCAGGUGAAGGCAGUGCAGAAUCAUCUAGUGGGGAAAGUUCAGGUACAGGCAGCAGUAAAGCUGACCCUGUACGUGGUCUCCAAAUUGUUGGGAUGAGUGCAACUUUGCCGAAUGUAGCUGCAGUAGCUGACUGGCUUCAAGCUGCUCUCUAUGAGACUGAUUUUCGGCCUGUUCCACUGGAAGAAUACAUUAAAGUGGGUUACACCAUCUAUAACAAAGAAAUGAACAUCGUUAGGACAAUUCCUAAAAUAGCUGAUAUUGGUGGUAAAGAUCCAGAUCAUAUCGUUGAAUUAUGCAAUGAGAUUGUUCAAGAAGGUCACUCAGUUUUGAUAUUUUGCUCGAGUCGGAAAGGAUGCGAGUCAACUGCUAGACAUGUUGUAAAGUACCUUAAGAAGUUUUCUGUCAGCCCCCAGAAUGGUCAGAAUGAGUUAAUGGAUCUUGAAUUUGCUAUUGAUGCCUUGCGUAGAUCUCCGGCAGGUUUAGAUCCUGUACUAGAAGAGACUCUUCCUGCUGGCGUAGCCUAUCACCAUGCUGGCCUUACGGUUGAAGAAAGGGAAACUGUUGAAACAUGUUACCGUAAAGGAUUUGUGCGGGUCUUAACGGCAACAUCUACAUUGGCUGCUGGUGUGAACCUGCCUGCAAGGAGAGUCAUUUUCCGGCAACCUCGUAUUGGUCGUGAUUUUAUUGAUGGGACAAGAUACAGGCAGAUGGCUGGCCGAGCUGGUCGGACUGGUAUAGAUACAAAGGGAGAGAGUGUUCUAAUUUGCAAGCCAGAAGAGACCAAAAGAAUUUUGGGGAUCUUAAAUGAGGGCUGUCCAGCACUGUAUUCUUGCUUGUCAGAAGAUAAAAAUGGGAUGACCCAUGCAAUAUUGGAAGUUGUUGCUGGUGGGAUUGUUCAAACUGCUAACGAUAUACAUCGAUAUGUAAGGUAUACACUUCUCAACUCAACAAAACCAUUUGGAGAUGUUGUGAGAUCAGCACAGGAUUCUCUCCGCUGGCUAUGCCAUAAAAAGUUUCUUGAAUGGAGUGAAGACACUAAGCUGUAUACCACAACUCCUCUUGGCCGUGCAUCUUUUGGCAGUUCUCUCAGCCCAGAAGAGUCAAUGAUUGUGCUGGAUGAUUUGACGAGGGCAAGGGAUGGAUUUGUGCUAGCAUCUGAUUUACAUUUGGUAUACUUAGUAACACCGACAAAUGUGGAUGUUGAGCCAGACUGGGAGUUGUACUAUGAAAGAUUCAUGGAGUUGUCUGCUCUAGAUAAGUCAGUUGGCAACCGAGUUGGAGUACAAGAACCAUUUUUGAUGCGUAUGGCCCAUGGAGCACCACUUCGCACCUCUAAUAGAUUGAAGAAUAACAGCAAAGGCUUGCAGGCAAAACCAAAUUGUAUUGCAAUGUGGAACUCUGCAAUGCUUUCAGAUGAACAAAUGCUUCGAGUGUCCAGACGGUUUUAUGUUGCUCUAAUCUUGUUGACACUUGUGCAGGAAGUCCCCGUUGCUGAGGUGUGUGCGGCUUUUAAAGUGGCCAGAGGCAUGGUUCAAGCUUUACAAGAUAAUGCAGGAAGGUUUGCAUCCAUGGUUUCUGUUUUCUGUGAAAGGCUUGGCUGGCAUGAUCUCGCAGAUUUGGUUGCCAAGUUUCAGAAUCGUGUUUCAUUUGGAGUUAAGGCCGAGAUAGUGGAGCUUACCACCAUACCCUAUGUUAAGGGUUCGCGAGCUAGAGCACUUUAUAAAGCUGGUCUGCGAACUCCUCAAACAAUUGCUGAGGCAUCAAUUCCUGAGAUUGCCAAAGCACUGUUUGAAUCUUCAUCAUGGGCUGCACAAGGCACAGCACAGUGGAGAAUACAAUUGGGAGUUGCCAAGAAGAUUAAAAAUGGUGCACGAAGGAUUGUUCUUGAGAAAGCAGAAGAGGCUAGGAUUGCUGCUUUCUCAGCUUUCAAAUCACUUGGACUUGAAGUUCCACCUCUUUCUCGACCCUUAUUAUCCAUUGCUGCUGGAAAUGCACCACAGAAAGAAGCAUCCAGCUCUUCCGGAGAGGAGUCAACUAGUAGCUUUGGUGGUUUGAAACACAAUGAGCAAACUGACAAUAUAACUGGGUUUGUAUCAAAAGCUCAUGAACAGAAGUUAGCGAGGACAUCAUUUACUGGGGUAAAUUCAGCUGGUGCCAAGCAAGGUGAGGUUGUUGCCGACAAGACUGCAUCAGUGAUGGAAGGUCCUAAUGCUCCUUACAUGCAUAAUUCUACUUCUGAUUAUGUAGACAAUGCAAACACUUCCCUAUCUUGUCAAUUAUCUAGUAUUAACCAUGGAAGAAGUGGUUAUGUUGACAAGAUCGAUAAUUUUGGGGAGCAGCAGCAAAACAGAGGCAUUCCACAUACUGCAAGUAAAGAAAGGUUACUGGACAAAGGUCCCAUAAACGCAUCCAACAUUCCUGGUGGAUUUGACACUUUUUUAAACUGGUGGGAUAAUAGUCAAGAGUUUUACUUGGAUGUUCACUUUAACAGAAGAUCUGAAGUUAAUUCAACUGUUCUUUUUGAAAUACAUGGUAUGGCAAUUUGUUGGGAGAAUUCACCUGUGUAUUAUGUGAGUAUUCCCAAGGAUCUAUUGUUGUCUAACAGCAGAAAGACGGAUAAAAUGUUGUCAAAUAUUUCUGCUGAUAACGGGAAUGUAAUACCUCCAAUGGAUCAGUUUGAUUUGGGCAAAUCUCGCUGGCAAAGAAUUGGAAAAAUAAUAGGGAAGAAAGAUGUCAGAAAAUUCACAUGGAAUUCAAAAGUUCAGAUACAGGUGCUUAGGUAUCCUGCUGUUUCCAUUCAUAGGUUGGGUAACCUGAAUUCUGCUGUCAAAUCUGUGGGUCUGGAACUUAUUGAUGACUCAUAUUUUGUUCUGUCCCCCCUUUAUGUGCAAAAUUUUAUAGACCUGUCUAUUGCUGCGUGGAUCCUCUGGCCUGAUGAGGAGAAAAGUUCCAAUCCUAAUCUGGAAAAGGAAAUUAAGAAAAGGUUAUCCUGCGAAGCGGCAGCAGCAGCUAGCCGGAAUGGUAGAUGGAAGAAUCAAAUGCGAAGAGUUGCUCAUAAUGGUUGCUGCAGACGGGUUGCACAAAUACGAGCAUUAUCUUCUGUCCUUUGGAAAUUACUAAUAUCUGAAGAACUUGUUGAAGCCUUUUUGAGCAUUGAAAUCCCACUGGUCAAUGUUCUUGCAGAUAUGGAGCUUUGGGGCAUUGGCGUUGACAUGGAAGGAUGCCUUCUUGCACGGAAUAUCUUGGGAAAAAAAUUAAAAUAUCUUGAGAAAGAAGCUCACCAGUUGGCUGGGAUGUCAUUUUCAUUAUACAUGGCAGCAGAUAUUGCAAAUGUACUGUAUGAACACUUGAAGAUUCCUAUACCAGAAGGGCACAACAAAGGCAAAUAUCACCCUAGUACUGACAAGCGUUGUCUUGAUUUGCUGAGGAAUGAGCAUCCUAUCAUUCCUGUUAUUAAAGAACACCGGACAUUUGCAAAGCUCUUGAAUUGUACAUUGGGAUCCAUUUGUUCCCUUUCUAAACUGUCUGCAAGGACACAAAGAUAUACACUCCACGGACAUUGGCUCCAAACUUCUACAGCAACUGGGAGGCUUUCAAUGGAGGAACCUAAUCUCCAGUGUGUUGAACAUGUGGUUGACUUCAAGAUGAAUAGAAUUGAUCUAGAUGGCAAAGAGCUUGUUGACGAAUACCACAAAGUCAAUGCUCGUGAAUUCUUUGUAGCUACUCAGGAUAACUGGUAUCUUUUAACGGCAGAUUAUUCUCAGAUUGAAAUGCGAUUGAUGGCUCAUUUCUCUAAAGAUCCUUCGCUGGUUGAGCUACUUAAUAAGCGUGACAGUGAUGUUUUUAGUAUGAUCGCUGCAAAAUGGACCGGAAAAGUGGAGUCUAGUGUCAGCUCACAAGAGAGAGAUCAAACGAAGAGGCUUGUCUAUGGGAUGCUGUAUGGAAUGGGAGCUAAUAGCCUGGCAGAACAGUUGAACUGCACUUCAGAUGAAGCUGCAGAAAGAAUUCGCUGUUUUAAGACAUCUUUUCCUGGUGUUGCUACGUGGCUUCAGGAAGUGGUUACAUCUUGUCGCCAGAAAGGAUAUGUGAAGACUCUCAAGGGGCGAAAGCGUUUCUUGGCGAAGAUAAAAUUUGGAAACAGCAAAGAAAAAUCUAAAGCUCAUAGACAAGCCGUGAAUUCUAUAUGUCAGGGUUCAGCUGCCGAUAUCAUUAAAAUUGCGAUGAUCAAUCUUCACUCUGUGGUUGCUGAAGAUGCUGACACGUCUUGCUCUAGUUGUGUGUUAGCUGAAAAAUUUCACAUGCUAAAAGGCCGCUGCAGAAUCCUUUUACAGGUACAUGAUGAAUUAGUGAUGGAAGCAGAUCCUUUAGUUGUAAAAGAAGCGGGAUUGUUGCUUCAAUUGAGCAUGGAAAGUGCUGCUUCACUUCUUGUUCCCUUGCUUGUUAAAGUGAAGGUCGGAAAAACAUGGGGAUCUAUGGAGCCUUUCCAUCCUGAAUAAAAUAAAGACAGUUCUCCAAGAGCCUAACCCUUGACAACUCUGGGCUUUCGUUGUUCCCUUGAUUAAAGGGCAAUGUCAUCCUUAGAACAAGAUACAUGCCGUAUGCAAUAUAUAAACAUCCUGAAACAUGUUAGCAAAUUGAUUGUUGUGAAAUUGCUGCUUCUUCUGAACUGGUGUUUCCAAUGGCCAUUUAUAAGCAGCGAUUAAAUAUCUUUGCCUGGCAGUGGAUUGCUUUCAAAAGUUGACAUGCUCAAUUUGAUAAGUGUGUCUUCCACGAGUUAGUUGACAUGCUCAAUUUGAUAAGUGUGUCUUCCACGAGUUUUCUGGCAGCUGACGGAGCACAUCUCAAGACUCAUGAAGCUGUUUCAGAGAACACAAACGGUCAAAAGUUGGAGAUGCUAUUCUUUCAGAGGAGUGGUUACUGAUGCAUAAUUCUCAUGACUGCAUGAUCCAAUUGAGGAAAAGCAUCUCUACAUUUUAAGGAAUUAAGUGGUUUUUCUGUUGAAGAAUAUUGUUGCAUCUCUUAGAUGACUAAAAUUGAAGAUUCAGAAGAAAAUUCCAAGGAUGCUGUGGUGGCAGUAUGAAUGGAUAUUGCAUGGAAGGUCUUGCACAAAGUAAAGAUCUCAUAUAUGCAUUGUCAGAGCAAUAUCCAAACCACAAUCUCUAGCGCAAUUGAACUUAAGAUGUUUAAGAUGAGAUGGAGUGGGUAUGCUGGAUUUGUUUCAUCAGUUGUUUCUUUGAGAUUCACAGGAGGAUCUAAAGGAGGAAUGAAAGUUAUCCACUCCAAGUUACUAAAGACUCGAAAGUAACUUGUCAAUGGCCAAUUUAUGAUGGAUAUUUGGCCACCUUACUGGAACUGCUGAAGUCUUGAUGGUUAACGAGGGAUGCGAAAUCCACAAUAAGGAGGCACAUUCAGACACUAGCAGUGGAUUUGUAGCUGUUGUCUGAAACAUACUACUCUGAAUCUUCUAUCUGAGUAAAACCAUCUAUGUUUGUUGAAGUGAUAUUAAACAGUCUUAUACUAAAUCCAUCAAUUACUUUUGUUUACAGUUAUGUGGUAGGCAUUUAACUUCAUCCUCUACUCUGUUACCAUCUCUAAUCUAUACCGAGAAUUGGAAUUUGUCAAUUAUUUUGCUCAUAACUGAUGCUAAAAGACUUUUAGUGCAAUUUUAUUCCUGUGCAGGGGGAGAUUAUUUGAUUUGCAAUUAUAGUAAAAAAUGAUUUUUUAAUCUGCAUUGUGCUACUGAUAAGCACUUGAAGGAUUUGUUCACUCUGAAAUCCAAUCAAAGGAAGAGAAGUCUAAACUUUUGAGUAAAUAAGAGGGAUAUGUUUAUUAGUGGUACUACAACCAGUAUAUUAUUGCUUUACAAUAGAACCAAAUGGGCAAGCAUUUGGAGUUUCCUGCACAUAUUUAUUUAGGUACCCAGACAACAUGAUCCUCAGGAAGGAAAUGGCAAACAGGAACUUGUCCUGGCUUGAUCUGCAGAACUUUGAAAGCCAAGUGUUUUGGGUUCCAUUUUGUUGUAUCUUCGUGGCAUACUGCGACUGCUUUAACUUUUGUUCCAUCUGCACCCACCAAGGAAAGUGUAUAUGCUCUAGUAGCUUGUGUUUUGUGGCAGUAAAAUACAGCAUAUGCAUAAUUUUGCUGGUGGCAUACUACAGCUUUGUCAUUUGUCAUCUUUUUCACUCCUGUAAUGGUAUAUUUCUGCAGUGGAGUAUCUUUCUCUGAAUUUGUUGAUAUCGCCUGAACGUUCUUCCCCAGUUUGGAGGUGGUGAAAUCUACCAUUGCUUCCAAUGAUGUUGCACAGAACUUCUCCUCUCCCUGGAUGCCUGGCUUCUCGCACUCUUUUAUUGUAUUUUUCAUAACUUCAGCUUCCUGUGAGUUGGGCUUCACCGAGAAUUUGUUCAAGAUUUCAGUCAUUUUGUUUGAUGAGAAAGGAAUUGAUUCAGCAACCUGGCGAGGUAAGAAAGUGGCUCCAGGUGAAGUCUUGAAGAAAUGCAAGUUCAUCUUUGAUCCUCGAGUCAUGUUAUUUUCCAAGAAGAAAAGAGCUACAUUUGGGUUGUCAUGGAGCUGAUCCUUGGUUGCUGCGUAGUUAUACAAGAAUGGUGAUGUCCCUGGCCUUACUCCCACAUAUACUGGUUUCCCCCUGUGGUGGCCUGAGGAUACGGUUACACCUCCACCAUGCCCGACAUUCACAUCGGUGCCUUCAGGAUUUCUGCCCUGUGUCUCGGAACCUCCUGGAUCCCCCGGUCCAACAUUCACGUUGGUGCCUCCUGGUGUAUUAACACCUACUCCACCAGGCCCGACGUUUACAUUGGUGCCUCCUGGUGUAUUUACAUCUACGCCACCGUGCCCAGCAUUCACGUUGGUGCCUCCUGGAUUUCCACCCUGAGCAUUAACAUCUACUCCACCACCACUUACUCCGACUGAAGUACUUUUAUCAUCCACCGUUUCUGCCAUAACAACCAGUUAGCAUGAACACACGGAUGAAUAUACUAUUCUUACCACCUUAUAGGUAAUUUAAUGUCUUAUUCUUUCUUUCUUUAGAUAGGAUUAGUUUUCCUUGUGUAAGAACUGUUAAAAAUCUACUUUCCUUUUCAUGUACCGGAUUUGCCAAUUUUUUGCUAAAAAAAGGUAAUUUAAUGUCUUAUGCUCUGUAGUAGUAUUUAUUCUA